CCACCGGGAGCGUUGAAAGGAAAUAUAUGCCAUAAAUUUAAUUAAGAAAUAAAUCAGAUGCCCGACCUGAAUAUGCGUUUAGGGCGAAGCUAGCCUUCCUCUAAACUUCUUCUAAACCAUCAGGGGGCGUCAUUGCCCUUAGCAGUCGCCGUUUCCUUUCGGCCAAUCCGGAGUCACUCGGGUGGAUUUUCGCGAUUCCGCAUCGCUCUCCGGCUUCCCGAAGGCUGAUCUCGAUUUUCGGGCGAGACGCAGCCGAGCGACGGACUCCGUCAGUCCUCCCGCGAGCUACGAGGGGCGCAAGAUCCUCCCCCGCAUUUUGGCGGAGUUCAAGAAGUUUUCCCCCGGCGGCGGCGCAUCAGUCACGGAGGGAGGAAAAAGGGAGAAGAUCAGACGGUCCGGAGCAAAGCCAGAGGCUGCCCAUCCGACCCGCCUGUCUCCCGGGUACCGGUUCCGCGCGCCAGUCGCGCCUGCUGGGCCAAACAUCCAGGAUGGCGAAGCUGGGAAUGGCCCUGCGCAGCAACAGCCUCACCUUGGCCGAAAUCAGCAUGGGAUGCUUGGAGCUUGCAAAAAAUUGAGGAGCACUGACAAGUCAGAGCCUGUAUCACCACACAUAGCCCCAGAUGGAAAAAAUGAUAGCAGCUGCAUCCCCGACAUGUCUGGAAAAAACCGAAAGAGCAAAAGGAAGAUGUCAGAGCAGAAAAAAUCCUACAGCCUGGAAGAAUUUGUUGCCGAGGGGCACCAAAAUGAACACAAUGCACUUUUGACUCGAUCUAAAACAUACGAUGCAUCUGUCUCCAAAGAGGUUGAGAAGGAAACAGCUUCUGUCCAGAGAAAAGCUUCUGUCUCUAAUCUGGCGAAGCAUGCCGUGAACUUCCACCGCGUCUUCAAAGAUCUCUCUGAAGAGGGGAGCCUCCAGGGAACAUUUUCAUGUGCCUGGCAACGGGAGAUGCCUUAUUAUGGCCGCCUCUACAUCGCUAACACUCAUAUCUGCUUCUACUGUAGCGUGCUUCGACGGGAAGUUAAGGUUAUCAUUCCGGUGGCAAAUAUCAGUGUCCUAAAGAAGGCCAAUACGGCCUUGUUGGUACCCAAUGCCAUUUGCAUCCGUACAUCUGAAGGCGAAAAGUUUCUGUUUGGCUCCAUCCGGUCACGGGAGAGUGCCUACCAGCUUCUGCGCUCUGUUUGUAAAUAUCUCAAGGACAGCAGUCAGAGUAACAGUCCAAAUGUACCUUCCAUCAGCUCAGAGCAUCUCCUGAAAGUACCCCUGAACUCUAAGGAAUUAGAUGCAAAUUACAACUCUCCAGAGAAAACAGAUGUGGCAGACAGGAUCCAGAUAUCCUACGAAGUGUCUUGCGAACAGCAACAGCAGGAGACAAAACAGCAAAAGACAGGGCAGACGAUGAAGUCAGAAAGAAACCAGAGGACUGAACGGUGCCGUUUGAACACAAUUAUACUUAUCUACCUCUUGUUGGCCGUUCUCCUACUUUGUUCUUCAGGCUACAUUGGUCUGCGUAUCAUCCAGCUGGAAGAACAGCUGACUUCCAUGGGGGCUUGGCCUGAAUUGGACCUUCAACAUCAAUAUAAGGCAAGCUGAGAAAUAAUCGUGUUCUGGGCAUCUAUGCAAGGUGAAGCUGAAACUGAAAUUUGGGUGACUGUUGCUCUGGCUGAUCAAAACUUAAAGGAGACACAGAACUUUCCUUAGCUCUCAAUAAUGAAGAUCAACCACGCAAGACCUACAACAUCAGUUCUGUUCAAGGUUAUUCCCCCCCCCCCAACUUCUCUGGAAAUAGAGGGUUCCCCCCCCCCAAGAAGUAGAGAAUAUAGAAAUAUGACUUUUAAAAGAUGCCUGUGCACCAGGCAAAUUUGGAGACUGAUCCGCCGUGGAUCUAGAGUGUGCCUUGAAAAGCCAAAAUUUAGAAACUUUUUUACUCCCAACAUUAUCCUGUAAAAGAAGAAGGUAAAGGUGAAACACCUCUCUUUUAAGGGGACUGUGUGGGGGAAAAGUCCCUACCUUUUCCCCUUCCUCUGAAUUUUUUUAAAGGCCAGGAAAGAUAUGCUCUAUCACCUUGCACCUGUGUAAUAUUUUUGUAAUUAGUGUAAGGGGUGGUUUAAGAGGCUUGUGAUUUCACUGACAGCUUUAAUGUUGACUCUACCUCCAAAGUUCGGAAUAUUGGGGUGUGAUUAAUUUUUAAACAAACAAACUGUGGAGCCUCCGUGUUCAAACGUGAUCUACCACAAAGUAGAAACUGUUAGAGGUGAGCAGGGAAAGGGCUGGCCCUUCAGAUCCUGCUUGAGGUAGCAUUUCAGAUGGAGAAAAAUGGUCGUGAUCCUGAUGUGGACCUCUGAGUUCUAGAUUUAGUUAUUGUUUUAAAACAUCACAGAUUUUCCCCUUUCCCGUUCCCUUCCCUGCCCUCCCCCCCCCCGCCAGCAUUUUCAGGGAUAAGUUGUAUUUUGAUUCAUGUCAGAUAUCUUAUUUUUAAAACAUCAGCCAUUUGGGCAUAAAUUAAAUCCAGUUAUUUAUAAUGCAGAAUAGCAUUUCUCUUUUAUUAAACUUUGCUGGAAUACAUUGUGUGAAUAGCAUUAUGUCAAACAGACCAGAUUGACACCUUUAAUGAAUGUUAUUGCUACCAUUUUACAUCAGUAUCUAUAUUGUGGAGCCAAAGUCGUUACUGGCAUAUUUCUGGGGUUUUUUUUCUUUAACUCUCAAUGUGGUUUAGAAUUACUCUUCAGACACAUAACAGUUUCAGGCAGAGAUAUAAAGUGCCACUUAUUUUAAUAUAUAAAAUAAUAAAUAUGACAUAUGUAUAGAUCAGUAUUUUUUUAAACUUUUGUAACUUUAAGGUUUGUGGACUUCAACUCCCAGAAUUCCCCAGCUUGGCUGGAGAAUUCUGGGACUUGAAGUCCACACAUCUUGAGGUACCAAAUUUGAAAAACAUCGUUAUAGAUCAAGUGGAAAUAUAUAAGAAGUGUACAUAUAAUCGUGUAGUAAGCACCAUGACAAAAGAGGAGUGAUUAUUUUAAUGUAGAUUAUUAUCCAUUUUUUCUUUUGUCCUUUUUUAUCCUGGCUCUUGCUAUGGUUUUAAUCAGGAUUGCAAUCCCUGGUCUGAAAAAUUCUUGCUGCAGAAAGUCAAGUCAGAUGUUUGAAAGGGGUAAUAAUCAGUGAGCAUUCAAAUGUUUAGAGCAGACUGCUGUUUCCUUUGUGACUGUACUGCAAACUGCAAAUAUCAUGAUUCUUGGUAAAGAUUUAAGGAACCAAAACAAUCCCCCCCCCCCAAAUCUAAAUUGUGUCUUAAACUAUUUUCCUCCUAAAAACUGCUGAAAAUGGGAAAAAAAUCAGUUCCAUUAGGAAAGUUAGGAAUGGUAAAAUGGAUUAAGAUGCUCAAAAGAACCACAAUGGGCUGGAAAGGCUGGUAAAAACCUAUCUCAAAUCAUUCAAAAGACCAAAGCAGUCUUAAAAUGGGCCACCAAUCUUCUUGCAAUUUCACAAGAUUGCAUUAUUUUCAUACCAAUUACCAGUACCAAAAUAUUACUAGACUUUAAGCUGUCAUAUGACACAGAGUUCAGCAUUCUCUGGGGAUCUCAAUGCAAACUUUAUGAGCUUUGAGUGAGCUAUAUGUAUAUUAGUAUG